AUGGAGGUCAUUGAUAUUGAAGAACCUACUCCAGCCGUGAAUACUGCCAAACCGAAAACCCCUGGCACUGCCAUCCUGCUGAAAGUGAAGCGCGAGAAUGUUCGCAUCGUCGUCAAGGGCAACAAGGCGUACAUCUGCAUGCGCUGCGAGCCCCAGCAGCAACCGGACUUCUUCGGCACCAACGAUCUGCUGGCCGACACCUGUAUGCGGAUCUCAGGGUUCUUGAUGCGCUUGCCCAGGACAUCUUUAUCUCAAUUGAUUCGCUGCCCGAUGGCACGGAUGUGCUUUAAUGAGCUGCUGUUAAGGCACCGUCAACCCUCUCGCCACGUGUCGGACGGUUGUCCCAGGCAAUUCUGCGAACUGUGCCGUGUGGAGCGAAUCGUUAUGUACAUAGACCGGGCGAAGGUCUCCAUUGACAUCGCAAUGCUGAUGAUCUCGCACAUCUCGUUCUACGGCGCCAUUGACGCCGCGAGGCUGAGGGGCAUUCAGAUACGUCUGGUUACCGACUCGCAGAUGAUAUUCGCGCUGGGCUCGAGGGUCAAGCAGUUGGUGGCCGCCGGGAUCCGCACGCCACUCCCGCCGAACGUGAUGCUGCAUCAAAAGCUCUGCAUCAUCGACGGGGAGCAGUGCGUGCUCGCGCUGGACAAGCAGCAGCGCCGCUGGCACCACCGGCUGUGGUACCGCACCGGCUACGUGCUGACUGGUUCGCUCAACUGGACCAAAGUGGGCACUGGGCGCAACUUCGAGAAUGUGGUCAUCGCCUCCAAUCGGGUCAACAACGCACUCUGCGAGAACUUGUUCAACGAUAUGUGGAAGCAUUUUCCAGUUCUCGACUUGGAAGCCUUCGACUCGAUUAUAGCGAUACCGUUCGAGUAUGGAAAUAAUGCACCUGCCCUGCAAGCAACGGGAUAGAAAUCUGAGCUAAAGUCACGUCUUCAACUGCAAGUCUUGUGUUUUUAUUGUCUUGUUAUUUGAAUGCAUUCUUGGGGGCGUGGUGUUGUUUCUCCUCAUCAUCAUAUUCUUUUUCUUAGCAUCCCCCUCAGCUGCAGCGAAAAGUUUUCUUCGCAACUAUCGCUGCUGCCUCGUCUGCUGGUUACACAUCAUGCGGGAAUUUCAGCAGUUAACCAAGUUAACAAAUCCACCUUCUUUCCUUCUUCGCAUUGUUUCAGAGUCUUGAUUACGCUUUGGUUGCUCAUAAAUUUGUAUUCCAGCGCAAGCAAAAAA